UACUAGCUUCCAACAUGAUUUGGCGUUGCUUUAUAUGCUACGUGUUUGUAGCAUUGAGUCUGAGACAACGUUUGAGUCACAUUAAUACCAUGCACAGCCGCAGCCCUGACUUUCGCGUGGUGUGUGGAAUUGAUGGCUGUCCGAGUGAGUACAGAGUGUAUAACUCCUUCUACUAUCACGUAAAGCGGACACACGCGCGUCACCUUCUCGGAGUGGAAGCGGAUGAGGAGGAAGGAUCAACCCGCCACGGUUUACCUGGAGCAGGUGAAAGGACGGACCCAAUCAACCAAACUAACGCCAGUUCUUCAGUAACUGACGAGGGCUCAAGCAUCCCCACACUAACGAGUGGAUUUCAAGAAGAUGGAGAGGGUCACCUGAAUCUUGACUUUUAUAAACAUGCAACUGCAUUUCUUCUUCAAGCCAAGGAAACUCAUCGACUGACACAGAGAGCUGUUAACCACAUCGUGAGUGGAAUCCAGCAAUAUCAGGCCGUAUUAUUGGAGCACCUAAAACAAGAAAUGAGUGACACGAUUGAGAGACAUUUUGGGGACCUGGAUCAACUAAAGAGUGACACAAUGGGAACUGCAGAGCUUUCUCUGGUACUAGACUCCGGGGUGGUGGCUGACACGCCCUUCUACUCCGCGCUAUUCACGGAGCGGUGUCAGUUUUAUGAGGCGGAACUCAACCUUUCCCCUUUAUCACCAGUCAUCUGGCUGUAUCCCAGCGUCUUGGACCAGAACUAUUACACCGGCCUAGACCCGAAUUUUUCUUACGUCCCAGGACUCUCACCUCUACCUGGAGAGGGCUAUCGACAGACUUCGGUGCUGGCUUCCCACGACGUCAGGAUACAGCAGUCAGACCUUGCAUUGGAGUCAGAGAAACGUGUCUGUUGUUUCCAUCGCUAA